AUGCUUGGAAGACUAUUCAGACAGAAUAGUCAAUCAAGUAUAUCAAACCAACAGCCAAACUCCAACAUCAAACAACCCCCUUUUCAAAACCCUCAUCCGAAAAUACCACAUCAUUCAAGCGGUUCAAAUGUCAAUUCUUAUGAAGACUCUUAUACCAGAUCCAACUUAUAUGGUACUCCUGAUUCAUCAUCUCUAAAACCGUACCACCCAAACCAAAAAUUCUUUAGAAUUAUAAUAGCUCAAGAUGGUGGAAGCUUGCGAUCAAAGCAAGUACUUUAUGACUCUUCAUCUUCAAUGGACCAUAACCAAAAUCCUUCUUCUAGUUGGCAGCUGAAUUCCAACCCUAAUCAAUCUUCUCCUUCUUCUAAGAAUCCAAAAUCAAAUCUUAGCGCUAAGAAUAUUCUUACUUCAAAAAUUUAUCAUAAUGCAAGUGAAUUAAAUGAUUAUAUGUUUGGCUGUGGGUUGCCCACAAAUGAAUCGGCUAGUUCUACCAAAAUGCACAUAUUACCUACUUUGAACAACUCAAUUUAUGGAUCAUAUCUGUCUGUCUUGAUUACAAAAUUGUUUCUGAUACCGAGUGCUACCUCCGAAACGAAUACUUCAAACCCAACUACUAAUAAUGAAGAUGAUGAUAGUACUUGGCUCCCUCAUCCUUCUAUCCCAAUCAAGGAAACAACGAUUAAAAACCUUUCGCUAAACUUACCAAGUCGAAGAAAUUCCAGUACUUCAUUGAUAAGCUCUACUAGCUCCUCACCAAGCCAAAAUUCUAAUUCUCUGAAUAAUAUUAGCAGCAGAUUUUCAAUCGGUAUUAUAAUCCCAAUCGAAUCAAUUGAUGAUGAUAUAGCUGAUAUAAUAUAUAACAAUUGGGAUGAAAUAACUCAUUUUCUGAUUGUUUUACAAAAAAUCGUGUCUAAAAAAUUAAUUUCGGCUCUUAAUAAUAGUAUAAGCUUGCCUCCUUUGCUGCCGUCACCAACGAGUCUGAAUUCAACUACCCCUAAUUCUUCCCCCUUUAUCAUUAAAAAACGUAUUCAGUUCCCAAGCUACAUUCUACAAAAUGAUCAUGAAUUGAAUGGUCAAUUGUUUAAAUUGAUAAAAUUACUUCAUUAUAAUUCUAAUAUUCCAAAAUUAAUCAAUUCAAACUCUCUCAUUAAACAUUCAAUUCUUAAUCCAACAACCUCUAAUUUUACUCCGAUUCUAAUCAAUUGGAUCUUAGAGAUUAUUAAUUGGCUAGAGUUUAAAGAUGGUAAAUCAAAUAAUUCAAACCAAUCUUCAAAUAUAAAUUUCAAUUAUAAUUCCCAAUUCCAUCAAGACAAUGCAAGUUUCUCUAAUCAUGAUCACAUCCAACCUUCGGCCCACCCUACUAAUAAUCUCAAUAACUCCCACAACAUUGGCAAUACUUUCUUAGCAAGCUUACUUGCUCUAUUAAUACCACUUCGCCAAAAGUUAUGCAAUAAGCCUGUUGGUGCUAGUCUCAAUAAUAAACAAGAAAAAGAAAUCACUAGAGUGGUUAUAAUGACUGGAAAUCCAAUGGUUGCGAAAAAACUAAUAUUCAUAAUCAAUGCCUUGAUUCCAAAUGAUAAAUUUUUAGUUGAUUUAAAUGAAACAAUAGUUGACCUUGAUAUCGAUGAUGAUAACUCUUUAGGUCACCAUGAAAAUGAAACUAACGAAACUUCGAUCAGUAAUGAUGAUAAUGACGAUGACAACAAGAACACAAAUGAAAAGAAUAACUUUAACGAUAAUAUUGACAAUGUCACUACCACACCUAAGAUUAAGAAUAGCGAAUUCCAACAAUCAAAUCCCCCUUCACCAAAACUGAAAGUUUCGCCAAGUUCACCUUCAAAAUUUUCAAGCUCAAAUGGGAAACAAGUUUUACCAAUUACUCCCUAUAAUUCACAUUCAACAAGCCCAACAAAGCCAAUCCCAAUUAAAAAUUCUGGGCUUUCAUCUUCUCCAGUAGCCACUAGGGAACUGUCGAGCUCUAUGUCUUCAAACAGCUCUUCCCUUAAUAGGUCAGCUUCAUAUUCCAAAGGCUGGGAAAUUCCAACAAAAUCUGGACCUAGUACUUCAACAACUGGAAAAGCAUUACCAUCAAGAGUCGAAACUAGUUCAAAGAACAUCCCAAUUGCUCAAGAAAGUCUGUUGAGCGAAAGAAGAUCUUCUCAAUCCAAGUCCUUCUCAAUGGCAUAUCUUUCGUCCUCUUUGAACUCUUCGUUGUCUUCGAGUGCUUCUAAUUAUUCAUUGAGUAAACUUGGCGGUAGUUUUAUGGAAAAAUGGAGAAAUACUCUUAACAGUUCAGCUGGUAAUAACACAGGCACAAUAGGUACCCCAGGAGGUUUCGGCUCAUCUUAUCAAACACCAAAUGAAAACUCCGGUGGGAGCUAUAAUGCCUCUAACGGAUACUUCAAUAUCAAUCAUCAUGCAAAUGGGGUCAAUAUCAACAAUAACUAUAAUAAUAGUCACAAUUUAUACGAUAGCAGUGAGUAUGUACCACAUUACCAAUCCGGUAGCCUAACUAAAAGAAGUUCAGUGCAGUCGUUACGUACACCAUCACCGGUGGUGGAAUUUUCAAUUGAUGAAUCUUCCAACAGUCAGUUGAAUAUUGGAAGCUUGACUCCUGUUAGUCAAUUAAGCUCUCAAGCUAAGUUAUCGAGAACUCAAUCAAUGUUUGAUUUGUAUCAUAUGAAUAACCAUAAUCAUAAUCAUUGUGUUCAAGAUAAACGAUUUAAUGUCAUUCAAGAAGGCAGUCCAAGUCACCACCCAAUGCUGUAUCAUGGACAUCAUCAACCUCAAAAAGAAAUCGUUGGCCUCAAGAGAACUAAAUCUAGUGUUAUCACCCCUAUAUUACAAGCACGGACCCUGAAAAAUAUUAAUGAAAUCAACAAGUCUAGAAUUGAAACAAAAUGUUCCAAAAUAAUGAAGGCCAAUAUUUCUUAUUCAAUUGAAAACCAAUCAGAUCGUAUUUUGAACGUUGAUUCCAUUGACUUCACCAAUCAUUCUAGAGAUAGUCCUGACAUAUCAGUUAAUGAUACGGAUGAUAGUUUCCAUGACGAAAAUACUGUUACAUCGUCUAUGUUGAAUAAGAGCAUAUCAGUCAAUUCGAUUAAGCCAGUUUCUGAACGACCAUUACAAUUGUAUAAACGAAAUUCAUUAUUACCUAAUGUCGCAUUUGUUGAUGAAUUCAGACCGGAGUUUACAGUUCAGUCAUGUCCUGUUAAUCCGAAAUUGGAAUCUCAAGUAAUGACUGCUAUGAAAAACGAUUUGUUAUUCUAUCAAAACAACUGUGAAUAUGAAAAAGUUACAUCCAGAACCGUGUUCAUCAGUUUAAGAGCAAGAGAAAUCAAAUUAAUUGAGAUGAAUGUUGGCGGUGAAAUACUUCAGAAUUUGAAAAACAAAAGCUCUAGCUCCCAGAAUAAUGUUUCCACAUUGAAUAAAAACCCCGAAGAAACGUUAUCGCCAAGUACUAGAGGUAAUGGUGGUGCAUCGGUUAAUCAAUCUCCAUUAAGUGCGUAUUUCAAGAACUCAAGUAAUUUACCAGAGAAUAUCAAUUCUCCCAUGAAAUAUAACGAAAACAGCCAACAAACAUCCAUGACGAAUUCCGUUUCAAAUAGCGGUAGCACCAGCUCGAGUUAUAAGACGACGAUCAAAAAGAUCUUUACUCCAAAUAAAAGUUCAGGUGAUAAGAACUUAAUCAAUACUGUGGAAACUACUUUGACAGAAAUUAAUAAAUUAUUCAAUCCCGAAUCCCAAAGCAAAGAUUAUUUCCAGCAUAACAAGCAGCACUCAAAUGACGACCAUGAUGACGGCAACGACUUCAAUGAGAAGUUGGCAAUUUUAAUUAGUAAUUUAUUACAUUAA